UCGGGUCCAAUGUCCACCAGAUAACGACGCCAACGAACAGACAGGACUGUUGUCUAGCAAACAUACUCAUUUAAAAACUUACAAGUGCUCAGUCAGGUUAUUUAAACAAAAUAAAAUGUCUUUAUUGAGAAGAUUAUCCGUUGGUUCCGUUCGUCAAUUGGCUGGACGUAGUUAUGCCGCCGUGUCACACCUCUCUGAAUCUGGACCCUCAUUUGGUGUCACUGAGGAGCAAAAACAAAUGCAAGACAUUGCUAGAAAGUUUUCCCGUGAGGAAAUUAUUCCAGUCGCCGCCAAAUAUGAUAAGACUGGAGAAUAUCCUUGGGAUAUCGUUAAAAAGGCUUGGUCAUUAGGUCUUAUGAACAAUCACAUUCCCCAGGAAUUUGGAGGAUUGGGUUUAGAUAACUUCACCACUUGCCUGAUCGCUGAAGAGUUGGCAUAUGGUUGCACUGGUAUUAUGACAGCCCUGGAAGCCAGUUCUUUAGGUCAAACUCCCAUAAUUUUGGCUGCAAAUACGGAGCAAAAGAAAAAGUAUUUGGGUCGUUUAAUUGAGGAGCCAUUGGUAGCAGCAUAUUGCGUAACUGAGCCUGGUGCUGGGUCCGACGUGAAUGGAAUAAAGACGCGCGCAGAAAAGAAAGGUGAUGAAUAUAUUAUUAAUGGACAAAAGAUGUGGAUAACUAAUGGAGGAGUGGCCAACUGGUACUUUGUUUUGGCACGUACCAACCCUGAUCCUAAAGCGCCUGCAAGCAAGGCGUUUACCGGAUUCAUUGUUGAGCGCGAAACACCCGGCUUAACACCAGGCCGAAAAGAAAUGAACAUGGGACAACGGGCUUCCGAUACUCGUGGAAUAACUUUUGAAGAUGUUCGCGUACCUAAGGAGAACGUACUUAUUGGUGAGGGAGCUGGUUUCAAGAUCGCUAUGGGCACUUUCGACAAAACUCGCGCUCCAGUAGCGGCCGGCGCUGUUGGUCUAGCCCAACGUUGCUUAGAUGAAGCUUUGAAAUAUUCGUUGGAACGUAAAACAUUUGGCGUUCCUAUAGCCUACCAUCAAGCUGUUCAGUUCAUGCUGGCUGACAUGGCUAUUGGCGUCGAAACUGGCCGCCUUGCCUAUCGCUUGGCAGCUUGGGAAGUUGACCAAGGACGUCGCAACAGUUAUUAUGCCUCUAUUGCCAAAUGCCAUGCCGCUGAUAUGGCCAACAAAAUUGCUUCAGAUGCAGUACAAAUCUUUGGAGGCAAUGGAUUCAAUACCGAAUAUCCUGUAGAAAAGUUAAUGAGAGACGCCAAGAUUUAUCAAAUAUAUGAAGGCACAUCACAAAUUCAACGUCUGAUUAUUUCCCGAAAUAUGUUCGAAGCCGCUAAACAAUCCUCACUAUAAAAAUAAGUCUAUUUCUUUUUCACAAAAUCAAUUUGUAAUUAUAUUCAUGUUAUAAUUUCCAUAGACUCGCCAUGUCUGUCUUUUACCUUUUAUAUACAUUGUAUACAAAUGUUUCAAAAACACUGUUAAUAUUGUAUAUUAAAUCAUAACGUUUUUAUUACUCAA